CUUGGUUUACGCUGAUUGAUCGAAGCGGCCGUGAAUACCACUGUUACACACAGAUAUAUGAAUACACACCAUAUAAAUACUCUAUAAUAGAAAGGAUCGUUUAAUAUUCAUUCUCAAGCAUAUAUUUCUUUCAAAAAAGACAAAAAGAGAUCGGAGGCUCACUGUGCAUUUUCGUUUUCGCUGACUUUAAGUACGCCCACACAAAUACACCCACGCCCUUUGCGCGCGCGCACACGCACACACACACGGAUAUUUCAUAGUUGAAUUAUAAACAUCAGUCUUCUUCGUUACAAAUAAAAAAGAGAACGAAGUUUUCUUUCUGGCACAGAUUUCGUUGACAGUUUCGUCCUUGCGUAUUAAGGAGUUUUCUAUAACACUUUUAUCUUGUACACUUUCUGAUUUCCUUUCAAAUUAUCAUUAUGUAAUACAAAAGUGAGGAGAGAAAAAAUAUGAGUGAAACAGCGCAUACUUCAGAUUCGGAGAUUGAUGAUCCAAAUAAAAUUACAGAUGCUGCAACAUGUUUAGAUUAUUUAAAGCGUAGAGAAGUAUUUCUAUACAAAAUGAUGAAUGAUCCAAGUCAUAAAGCAAUGUUAUACUUUCUUGAAGUGUUAAUGAACUCUGAUAGUCCGAUAACAGUUGAUCAGUUGGCAGCACGUUUUUCGCAUAAAUCAUUCAGUCUGGAAAUGCGUGAAGCAUGCGGUGGUGGAAGUGCUGAAGGUUUAAGAGAAUUUCUUGAACGUUAUCCAUCUUUAUUCAAUGUAAAACCGAAUGGACAAGUGACAUCCGUUGCUAUUGAAUUACCCGGCUUAGAUUCAAAUUUUGACAGUUUGUCUGAUCAAGAAAGUUGUUCGCUAAAAGAAAAUGGUCAAAAAUCGAUGAGUGAUAAUCUCUCGGAUAUUUCUACAUCAUUUCGAAAUCUAACACCUGCUGUAAAUUCUGCUUAUUCGUCUAAAACCUGUCCACCGAGUAAUAAUUUACAGAAAGAAAAUGCUUAUAAUCGUUUUCAGCCGUAUAGAAAAUUGAAUUCUGCCAGCACAGAUACCUCCAGUCAUCAAAAUUCUACGAAUAACACGACAAGCAGGUUGAAUAGUACAAGUUCACUGUCAUUGGUAUCAUCACAGUCGGGAAGUCCAUUGAAUACACCGUCUAACGAUCAUAUAUUUGGACGUAAAAAGCCUUCCAACAAUUUCGUUAAUAAUAAUAACAAUAACACAACGAAUUCUAGUAAUGGUAUCAGUAAUCCAUCACCGCAUAGCUUAUCAUCGGGGAAUCCUCCAGCAGGAAGAACAAGACCUUCAAAUAUCUAUACACCCCCACAAUUACGCAAUUUAGACCACUCAUCACAGUUGAUAUUACCAUCGAAUUGUGAAUUGUGCUCAUCAAAUCCUGCUGCUGCCGCCAAUACUCCUGCUUCUACCAAUCGUAACAGCAGUAAUCACCCAACGAAUCAUCAUGAGAUCACUACAGUAUCAAGUGGAACGUGUAUACACUGUCCACUACUAGAAUUGGCUUGUCAUCACACGCAUCACUGUACUACAGCUCACCAUCACACUUCUACCCACUGCCAUUGUACACCCACCGCUUUAACUCCCACAGCAUCCUCUUUUCAUCACUAUCAUCACCCUCUUCAUCAUAUACCAACACAAACAUCAUUAAGAUCCCCUCCUGUACUUUUAUCAAACUUUUAUACUUUACCGCCUAUGGAGAAAUUAUUCCUCGAAAGUGAAGCAGUUCACUUUUUCCAACAGAAGUUAAUUAAACGUGAAGAACGCUGGGUCCCAAUAAAAAGUCUAGCUGGUCAUCUGUCUCAAGCCACACCUGAAGUACGUGCUAUUGUCGGUCCACAAUUAGAAUUUCGACGUUUCCUUCUAAAACAUCCACAUGUUUUUGAAGUACAAGGUGAACUGGUCAGUGUCAAGGAUCCAUUUCUUACUGCUGGACUUGGUGGACUUGCAUUGAAACGAUCACGUGACCGAUUGUCAGCUGUACAUGCAAGUCAUUCAUCGACAAAUAUAUCGAAUUCACCAGCUUAUGUAUCAAGGAAUAUGUCUUAUGAGAAGAAUCCACGACCGAAAUCACUAAUAUUGCCUAAUAUGAUGACCUAUGGACAUUUAGCUGAUGUUAAUAAUUCCUAUCUACCCUCCUCGAUUCAGCGUUCAACUAACAACAGUAAUCAUUAUCGUCGAUCAGCUCAUUUCGCUGUUGACAACAGUUCAACAACUACUCCGCCAGCUAGAUCGUUAAUACAGUCAGACAAUAUAAAUUCAGCGCCAACAACGCCUACCACUGCAAAUCUUGCAUUCACAGACAGUAAUCACAGUCAAGUAGAUAAGAUGGCUAACGAAAAAUCAUCCAGUAACCCUGUUCCACGUCUUCAUCCUCAUCAUCAUAAUGGUGUUACAUCAUCUACAGUGACAACAGAAUACGACACCUCUGUAAUGACCAACUCACUGCCAAGUACUACAGUCAAUAGUUUAAGUUUAACUAUGACUGCAAAUGAAUAUCGAGCGAUUAUGUUCUUACGUAAGGUACUGGAGAAACAAGGAGGUGCAGUAGGACAGUCAGGACUAAGCCUUCAUAACCUGAUGCAAUUUCUGUCAACUAAAGCGCCUGAAGCUGUUCAGACAACAAUUGGUUGGACGAAAAUUGAGCUGGAAGAAUUUUUAGGUCAACAUAAUUUAUUUUUUGAAUUGAAACCAGUUAAGGCAGGUGACGAUGAAAAGACAUCCGUUGUUGACAGCGCCAACAACGAGAAACAGAAACAGACAGUGAACAGCGUGAAAAUUGAGGAUAAUAUUGCAGUGUGCAAUAGACGGCUAAAUCGUAUGAUUAAUAUUAUUAUUACAGCAUCAAAAUCAAGUGAUGCUAAUGGUGUUCGAACGCUGACAAAUCGUUGUGGAAGAAUAUUUCAUGUUGCUAAAUUAUGGGGAAUUAUUGAUUUAGGCAAACAUGAACAUGUAUUCUUUGAUAAAUCAAUAUUUCGUCAUGUGGAUGAUUUACAAAAACAUUUCAAGAUUGAUGAACUUUUAUAUUUCAACGCUGUCCUUGCUCCAAAAGAAUCUCGUGCUAAAUGGCGUGCAACACAUGUCUGGAAAGAAUGUGAUCGUGAAAAUGUAGAAAAAUUUGGUGCUCUGUCUAAAAUGAAUCUAACACAUAUGAAAAAACAGACUGCAUCAAAUACUACUAAUCGUAAUUUCAUAUCAUUACAAAAUACGCAUAAUUUACAUGAAUUGGAUUACCAGAAUGUUAAGGGAUCUAAAUUAUCAAGGGAAAUCGCCACAGAGACUAUGGAUUAUCCUACAGGGAAUAAUAAUAAUGGGACAGGUAAUCAUACUCCUGUUGUCGAUGAUGAUGACACUGAGGUAGAAGAAGAAAUUGAAGAUUACAUUGUUGAGAAUAGUACAAGUAAGGAUAGGGAGCUGUGCAAAUCUCAUCCAAGUCAACUGGAUAAUGAUUCUGACUGUGAAUAUGCUUUAGCUGGUGAAGAAGGCCUUGAUGAUGAUGAUGAAGAUGAGGAUGGUGAAGCAAUCGACUCACCGAUAGCUCAUCUACCAAUCGAUAUAAAGUUUAUAGCUGAUGAAGUUGAAGAAGAAAUGGAACGUGUACUGAAUAUUCAAUUAAAGUCAACGACUAUUACUAAUGAUAAUAAAAAAACUGAAGAUGAUUUACAUAACCUGUCGAACACAACUAAAUCAUCAUGUCAUGAACUCUGUGAUUCAAGUAAUUCAACAGAAUUAAGUCAUCAAACUCAAUCAGAACCGUGUCGAAUGAUGACAAUGAAAAAGAAUAGCGGGAGUAAUACAAGUAGUGAUUAUGAAAGACAUUAUAGUCUGGUUACGUCGUCGACUGGUCAAUCAAAGUUAACACGGCAUAAAUUAAAUCUUUCAUCGCAGGAUGACAGUGGAACAUCAAGUUCAUUGUCUGAAAUGAAUGCUAUAUCUAUAGCUGUUCAAACCGUAUCUACUGGUGAUAUAAUGGCUACACAGUUAUAUCAUGAUAAUAAAGAAUAAUUGCAAUAAGAUAAAUCUCAUCAAAAAUAUUACAUAAUUAUCCAUUUAUCGUAUUUUAAACAAUUAUUAUUCAUCAACGUAUCCCCUUAUUUGGCCCAGAAAACAAAACACAAUCUACCCUGGCCCCUUCCCCUCUAACCCAAAUUCCCAGUUAGUCAUCAGGAAAUUUUAUAAUAAAAUUAAAACAUAAAACAUUAGUAAAAAGAAUAGAGUAAAACAAGUACAUUUAAAAAAAGAAGUAUAUAAAAAUUAUUUUAAAAAAUAAUUAAAAAGUAUAUUAUCUCGCUUCUUCUUUAUUUUUUGUUGAUUCAUUCAUUUUACCGCUCUGAUUACUUGCCUUCAGUAAAACAAACGAUGCAUUUCAAUGUUCAAUAAUUGUACGGAUCUGCUUCUCUUACUCUAAACUUGAUUCUGCUAUUUACUACGAGGCUAGCACACAUAUAUAUACUUUUUCUUUAAGGAAAAAAAUAUUUACCAUCUAAUUUAACUUUGUUUUAUUUCAUUUUCUUGCUAAGUUUUAAUCUUCUACGGUUUAUUCUACCGAAUUACACUUAAAGUACAAACGUUGCUCAGAUGACCUGACAAAUAAAUAUACAUCCGCUCAUAUUACUUACACAGAUAUACAUAUAUAUAUACAUACAUGUGCAUACUACUUUUAUUACUACUUAUUACAAAACUACUUGCUUAAUCGUUGCCUAUCUCCACUUGAAAGGAAGUCAUUUAUAAAAAGAAACAAAAAGACGAACAAGUUUGUUUUUUGCCUUAGGUGGAGAGUUAAUUACUGCUAUACGGUAUCAUAGAUGUUAUUUCAUCCCUAUUCUACUCACUGCUAUUCUUGUUAUUAAUGCUAAUUUUUACUUCACUAAUGCCUAUGAAUGAAAUACCAGGAGAAAUGUUACAUCCGUUAUGUAAUCAAAGAAUCGAACUGGAUGGAAAGUUGUUCUGUCUUGUUACUUGUAUUCUCUUUCCCUGCCAAUAAACAAUUAUGUACCCUUGAAUGACAAUCUUUGUUAUGCUUGUCUUUGAGAAAUAAAUAAAUAAAUUAUAGGGAAAAUCUAUUAGAAGUAGUAAUGGCUACAUUAUGAAUAACAUGGUUAAUUCAUUCAUUCAAGAAGUGGAAAAAAUGGGUAAAACAGUGAGAUGUAAAAAUUUGAGUGAACAUGGGGAAAAAAGAAAACGCAGGAAUUAUAGGAAAGUGAGUAAUUUGUGCUGCAUUUAGCUGACAUUUCGCCAACGUUUCUGCCAAUCAAAAUUGCCAACUUAUCCCACGCGUCGCCCACUUUUGCCUGUGUAUUCUCCGACUGGGCAGUACUGAAUUUUCAGCCCGAUUU